CAGGGUUGAUAGGUUAGUUUUAUGAGGGUCUCCGGGUCACUUCUCCUCCGUCAUGAAUAGGCUCAUGACAACUUACGAGACGCUACCUUUGACAGAGGUUUCCAUUUCCUCUAACAGUGUGGAAGCAAAGCCCAGACUGUGGAGUUCGGUCAUCAAGAUGAUGUCUCACAUGGCACUGUGCAAACUCUUUCCUCUGGUUCUAGUGGUGGUUGUGGUGUUCACUGUAAAUGGGAGCAUAGGAGAUCCCCUGUUUGAGUGCCUGCAAGACACAGACUAUGCUGAGCUUCUCGACAUGGUGGACAGAGGUCUUCCUGCUACAAAGACACCUCGACAUGUAGCGGUCAUCGGCGGGGGCAUCGCUGGACUGACAGCUGCAAAGUUUUUAGAAGAUGCUGGACACAAGGUGACCAUAAUAGAGGCCAGUAAUCGUAUUGGAGGACGUGUGGAGACCUUCAGGAACAGAAGAGAGGGCUGGUAUGCAGAACUGGGAGCCAUGAGGAUCCCUAGCUUUCAUAAGAUUUUGCUUUCUUUUGCCUCCAAAUUACAAAUUCCUAUGAACCGCUUCAUCCAAGAUGACAUCAACACCUACUACUUGGUAAAUGGAGUGCUACAUAAAACCUAUACAGUGGAAAACAACCCCAGUGUGCUCAACUACAGCUUGACUGACAGAGAGAGGGGGAACACAGCUGCUCAGCUCUUCAAUCAGGCACUGUGGAAGGUGAGAGAUGAUAUUAAGGCAAUCGGCUGUAGCGCAACACUGGAUAAAUAUGACUCCUACACAGUGAAGGAAUAUCUGGUGAAGGAGGGCAAUCUGAGUCGUGGAGCUUUGAGGAUGAUUGGGGACAUCCUGAAUGAAAACAGCCUCUUCUACACAUCACUGAUCGAGAUGAUGUACAUGCAGUCAGACAUCAGUGACAACAUUGACUACUUUGAAGUGACAGAUGGUUUUGAGCACCUCCCCAGAGCUUUCUACCAGGUCUUAAAUGCCACCAUCCUCCUCAGCUCCAAGGUAAAGCUCAUAAACCAAAUGGGCGGCAGAAAUGUGACCAUAACGUAUCAGGACUGGCGUGACUCAGGCUCCCUGACUAACCUAACAGUAGACUACGCACUGGUUACUGCCACAGCUAAAGCCACCCUCUUCAUUGACUUCCAGCCCCCUCUUUCUGGGGACAAGAUGGAGGCCCUGCGCUCAGUUCAUUACACCAGCUCCACCAAGGUGGUGCUUAGUUUCAAGGAGCGUUUCUGGGAAAAAGAGGGCAUCAGGGGAGGGAAGAGCAUCACAGACCGGCCCUCUCGCUUCAUCUACUACCCCAGCCACAGCUUCCCUGGUACCUCUGCAGGUGCCCUGCUGGCAUCCUACACCUGCUCUGACGAUUCCACCCUCUUUCAGGGGAUGAGUGAGGAGGAGCUGAUGGCUGUGGUCCUGGAAGAUUUGGUGAAGAUCCAUGGAGAAUACAUCAGGCCUCUGUGUACAGGGGGGCUGGUGAAGAAGUGGGGCUUGGAUCCUUACAGUCUGGGAGCCUUUGUCCUGUUCACACCCUACCAGCAGGGGCACUAUGCCAGAGAACUGUUCCAGAGUGAGGGACGUGUGCACUUUGCAGGGGAGCACACAGCCACACCUCAUGGGUGGAUUGAAACUUCCGUGAAGUCUGCACUCAGGGCAGCUAAAAAUAUUAACAAUCUUACACUGUAGUGUCUCAUGCAGCGAACAUGUUUCACUCCUUUAGGGUUUGUCUGACAUCUUGAAUACUAGUCCAGCUCACUCUGAUGCAGUGUAUAUAUUCCCAGGUUAUCAAUGUAUUUAUGAUGAAUAGAUACAUCUAUUGAUUGAUGCAUACAAGGUUUGUCUGUUGCAUCAGACAAUCCAAUCAGGUUUGCAGGGUUUUUACUAUGUCAAAAUACCGCCUAAGUUUAUCUUAAUAUUUCUGAGAUUAUGUUAUAAUCUUCAUUAUAUUAGUGGCAUAACAUUACAUUGGAAUUUGUUUCCCAAAAAGUGGAUGAACAAUGAAUGGAGUUCCUAAUAGGACAGAACUUGAAUUGUGAUUUGAAACCAGCAAUCAAUUUCAUUUACUGUAGUUUUUUUAAUACUUUAUACUUUAAUGACUUAAUUUUGCACUUUGGUUGGACCACAAAAUAAAUGUCUGAAUACAGUCCUUACUUUACCCUGUCAGUUUAAGACUAAAAGAAGAUGUAAGUAUGCAUGAAAAAACAACAGAUUCAUAUUUUAAUGUGAUGAACAAAAAUAAACACAUUAGACACUUAUUAUUCAAUGUGGUACAAAAAGAAAUUCAGCCUAUUUGCUGACACAGUAAUAUUCACAGCUACUGAAUAAUGUGAGCUCUUUGCAGUUAGCAUUUUAAUAUGUGUGGCUCCAAAGAUCACUCACUACUAUAUAAUACAUACACAGGAAAAGUAGAAUUUUUGGUGCUGGAUUUAAAGUGAAUAAGUAUAUGUGAGUGUGGAUGUUGUCUGUCUCUCUGUGUUGGCCCUGGCAACCUGUACAGGGUGUACCCUGCCUCUCACCCUAUGACAGCUGGGAUAGGCUCCAGCCCCCCCGCGACCCUGAA